AUGGAACAUUAUAAACAAUUACAAAUGAAAUAUUCGACUAGUUUAACUUCUCCAUGUGAACAAAUUUCAAUAAAGUAUGAUGAAUUUGUUCAUGUUGAGAUGAUUUAUCAUGAAAUUUGUUCAUCAGAUUUUCAAAGUCAACAAUGGUUUGAUUAUUUGUACGAUGAUGAUCAAAUCAAUGAACGAAAUUUUCGUUCAACAGCAUCAGCACAAUUUCAAUCACUUGGAUCUUUAUGUAAAUUAACUAAAGAAACAAUCGAUACAAGUUUAACCCAAUUUUAUUCAACUAAAUUAAUCACUUCUCAAUUAUUAUCAAAUGAAACAUUUCAAAAUCGAAUUCAUUCAUUAAUAACUCUUCUUCAAAAAACAACUUCUCAAUCAUUUAAAAGAACAUUAAAUAUGAUUGAAGAAAUUCUACAUGGAAAUUCCUAUAUGUCUGUUUAUNGGGUUGUCUUACUUCUGUGA